UUUACCGACGGCCUGGCAAUCGGAGCGUCAUUCCUGGUGGGUCCAGCUGUCGGCGCGGUAACCACCCUCACCAUCCUGCUGCACGAGGUCCCACACGAGAUCGGAGACUUUGCCAUCCUCGUCCAGUCUGGCUGCACCAAAAGAAAGGCCAUGUGUCUACAGCUGCUGACGGCCCUGGGAGCUCUGGCCGGCACAGCUUGCUCUCUAUUGGCUGAGGGCGUGGGCACCGCGGCGACCGCCUGGAUCCUGCCGUUCACGGCCGGCGGCUUCGUUUACAUCGCCACCGUCACCGUGCUCCCAGAACUGCUGGCGGGCCGAUCCAGCUUCGGCCAGUCCCUGAUGGAGAUCUUGGCACUCCUGUUCGGAGUCGGCAUGAUGGUUCUGAUCGCAGAGUACGAGUGAGACGCAGCGGCGUGGACGCGCAGAGAAAAGGUCAAAAACGGUUGAAAAAAAAAAUGCUGGUUUUAAGUAGAGUCCAAGUGGAUUGUUAUUUGUCGGGGCUGCGUUUUCCUUUUUUUAAUACUGAUUCUGUUUUGGGACGAACACCACGUGCUGAUGGAUGAUUUUUGUCGUGUUGUGUUUGUUUUAGCAGUUCACGGUCACAUCCCUGAUUUGUGUUAGUGUUUCUUUUUCGGCUCCUUCUUCGCGGGAGAGACUGAGAGCUGGAAAUGAGCGACCUGAUGGAAACGCUUUAUUUUGAGGUGUUGUAGCCUGAGGGCCUCCAUCUGGACAGGAGGGGAAAUCUUUCUGUCCGCCCGUCCCAGAAUUCCCUCGCCGCUUUCACUACACGGAUCACCCAGCUGCACUUUCACUACUGCGAAAACUGACGGCCAGUUUCCUCCAAAAAAAGUGGCCACAACGCCAAUCAGCGGUCUGUCUCCGUUAUUCUCACUACAGUGAGCCGCUCAGUUACUCGAGUUUAAUGUCUGUUUCAUUUGGAGAUAUUGAAUGUUCAUAUUUUUUACAUUCCAACAAAAUAAAAGUAAAUGUCGUGGCUUCUGCAGACGUGCUCAAA